CGCACGCGCCCCUCUGCGGGCGGCACGAGCGCCGGCCCCCAGCCCCCGGAGUUGCCUGAGAAGCCGAAGCCGGGUGACUCCUCCCCGGGGACACUCCCCUCGGGGGCGCGUCAUCUCCCCACCCCUGGGCGGCUUCUCGCGCGCGAGCCACGCCGCGGACAAGUCGCGGCCACCUGUCCGGAGCUCGGGAGCCUUGGCCCCGUCCGUCCGUGCUUCGGUCGGUGCGCCCAGGGCCCAUGGAGCUGCGGGUCAGCAACGCCAGCUGCGAGAACGGCUCCCUGAUCAACCUCUACUGUUCCUCCCAGCAAGUCGUGUGCCAGAUCGUAGGUGACCUUGGCCCUGAGGCACCCAACAAUGCCACAUCCAUCAGCUGGCAGGAGAGGUUCAGGCAGAACUAUGGCUUCUACAUCGGCCUAUUCCUGGCCUUCCUGUCCUGCUUCCUCAUCGGCAGCAGCGUCAUCCUCAAGAAGAAAGGCCUCUUGCGACUCGCGGCCACAGGGGCCACUCGAGCUGUGGACGGAGGCUAUGGCUACCUGAAGGACGCCAUGUGGUGGGCUGGAUUUCUCACCAUGGCUGCUGGAGAGGUUGCCAACUUCGGGGCCUAUGCAUUUGCACCUGCAACAGUCGUCACACCUCUGGGAGCACUGAGUGUCCUCAUAAGUGCCAUCCUCUCCUCCUAUUUUCUGGGAGAGACUCUGAAUCUGCUGGGCAAGCUGGGCUGUGUGAUUUGUGUGGCGGGCAGCACAGUGAUGGUGAUACAUGCACCUGAGGAGGAGAAGAUCACCACCAUCAUGGAGAUGGCUUCUAAGAUGAAAGACACAGGGUUCAUCGUGUUUGCUGUGCUUAUGCUGGUGUUCUGCCUCAUCCUCAUCUUCAUCAUCGCCCCGCGUUACGGGCAAAGGAAUAUCCUCAUUUACAUCAUCAUUUGCUCUGUGAUUGGGUCCUUCUCCGUGUCUGCCGUCAAGGGUCUGGGCAUCACCAUUAAGAACUUCUUCCAGGGGUUGCCAGUUGUGCGGCACCCCCUCCCUUACAUCCUGUCGCUCAUCCUGGGGUUCUCCCUCAGCACUCAGGUCAACUUCCUCAACAAGGCACUGGACAUUUUCAAUACCUCCCUGGUGUUCCCCAUCUACUACGUGUUCUUCACCACGACGGUGGUUACCUCUUCCAUCAUCCUCUUCAAGGAGUGGCACAGCAUGUCAACUGUGGACAUCGUGGGCACCAUCUCUGGCUUUGUCACCAUCAUCCUGGGUGUGUUCAUGCUUCAUGCUUUCAAAGACCUGGGCGUCAGCUGGGCCAGCUUGCCUCACAUGCACAAAAACCCGCCCCCAACUCCUACACUGGAGCCCACUGUCAUUAGCCUGCAAGACAAAAGUGUCCUUGUGGACAAUAUAGAACUUACCAGCACCCCAUCACCAGAGGAGAAGCCCAGAGUAUUUACAAUCCAUUCUUAAAGCUUGGAAGAUGUGAGCGAGAAGGACGAGCUUGUCCAUAUAACUUCACCACUCAAUUUAGAAAGCACCUGAUUGUUUUCAGCACAACCACCUGGUUGUCAACAGGCUUUCAUUUCUUGAGAUGUUCAUUUAUACCUCAUCUCUGUUUCCGGAAGAAAGAUCUCUACCCAGGGAGUGGUGGUAGCAGAACUUUCAGGGAACAGCCUCAGUGACCAAAUACUCUAGUUUACAUUGGUGCCAGCAGGUCCCCCGGACCUCUUUUCUCACUUGUUCCCUCAGUGCCAUCUCUCUGCUGCUGGGAGACGAUAGAAUUUGACCCGUUGAAUGUAGCGCAGUCUAAGUGCUUCCCUGAGAUUAAUCAUCAGGAAAUCUUUCAUAACAGUUCUCCUGAGAUGGAAUUGCCAUUCCUUAGCCCAAGAAUGAAAAAGAGCUGGCUUCCAGAGGCUCUGAGAGCAAUUUGCAUGCCUUCCACCCAGAGCUGACAGGGACACCACCACCAUAAAAUAUCCUGUUGUUUUUGCCACUUCCUCUUCAGAGACAGAAGCAAGACCUCCACUGACCUUUUUACUGUGAAAGCCACCUGACAUUUCAGGGAAAAAUUUCAACCAGCCCAUUGCCCGAGCAUCCCAGCCUGGUGGUCGGCCUCUCUGUGUCCACCCAGUGCACUCCUGCCCCCUGCCCUCUUUAUAUACAUCCUAAGGGGUCAGUCCCUGAGACACACAGGCAGUAUGUAUGUGUCUUUGGAUUCAAAACAAAAUGACAAAAGAUGCUGCAAAGCUAAGUGCUGCUGGCCAAACCCAGUGUUCCAUUUUGCCUUACUGUGGAAAAAGAAUAGCAAUUGCACUGUUCCGGAAAGUGGCCCGGCUGUUGAGCUAGACUGGGCAGAAUGUACUUGACUUUUCCUCAAGGAGUCAGUCAAAAUAUGAUUUGGGGAGGUGGGGAGAAGGAUGAAGAGCAACACCAGGAUUUGGCAGAAAGCAGUCACAGGCUCUCUGGAAAGCAGGGACUAACUUUUGUGUUCACUCUGGUGCUUAACAAGGAGCUUAGGAGAAAGGGUCCUGGGGUAGCUUCUGUGACCUUAAAGCCUUGGCCAGUGGGAUUGACUUUAAAUUUCCAUGGCCAAGUGGGGUGCGACUGGCACAGGCACGAUCUGGAUGUUGACUGUAUAUUGCUACUGCUUCUCCAACUCCACUGAUGAGCUAGUUACCCUUGCUGGGACAGCACACCAUGAUUGCUCCAAUACUGCCUGCCAUGGGGACUGCUGCAAGUCCCCCUCACAUUUUUCCAGAGGCCCCCACAGAACCAGAGCAGCUGGAGAGAUGUGAUGAAUAUCCCUUCCCUUACGGUCUUGUACCAGCUGCAUGAGUGUGCGGUGGCACAAGGACCAUGAGAAAGGGAAGUUAGGGGGCAGCAUAUCUGGAAAGAGGGAAGACUGGGUCCUCAGCCCCACAUUGGUGCAGAGCCUCCCCCACUGUGCCCUGUGUUAACAUCCCUCACCCUAAGUGUAGCCACGCCCAGGCAAACUGUGGCUGGCCUUGGAGUUUGAAGGCUCAGCCAAUCACCAGACUGACUUCCUCCACCUCCAGCCGCAAAAUCCCAAGAUUUAUAAUGAAUGUGGAUUUCUGUCUGUAACUAAAAUCAAUGCAGCAUGUUGGCUCUUGAGAACUGAGAGUUUGACCCUGAGAUCAUGGUCUACAGGGUCAAGAAUAAAGACUUCAGAGUGCAGUUACUUGACACUUGGGUCUUGACCUUCCUUGAAUGUGGAGCAAUUAAAACUGCUUCCUCUACUGCUGGGAGGACAGUCUUCAGUCUCUGAAAGAGUGUGGCUGCUCUUGAUAUAGUGGGAAAGGUUGUUUUUGAAAUAGGGCCAGUGUAUGAUGCCUCAUCCCUUGAUAAUGCCUGGGCCCACACUAGGCACCAGGCACAGUAAGUGCCUCCUGUAAAUCCUGUAAUCCCUCACAAAUCUCCCAGGGUAGAUAUGUAGUAUAUUUUUAUCUUUUUUUUUUUUGAGAAAGGGUCUUACUUUGUCACCCAGGCUGGGGUGCUAUGCAUAAUCAUAGUUUCUUAAAACCUCAAACUCCUAGGCUCAAGCAAUCCUGCCGCAGCUUCUGGAGUAGCUGGGACUAACAGGCAAUGGCAUCAUGCCUGGCUAGUUUUUGUAUUUUUUAUAAAGAUGGGGGUCUCGUUAUGUUGCCCAGGCUGAUCUCAAACUCCGGCUUCAAGCGAUCAUCCUGCCUCAGCCUCCCAAAGUGCUAAGAUUAUAGGCAUGAGCCACCACACUGGGCUUAUCCUCACUUUAUAUGUGAGGAAAGGGACUCACAGAAGGGUUAAUAAUUGCCCAAGGUCACAUAGCCAGGAAGAGUCCAAGUUGAUAUCUGGUUCUGAGUCCACAAUCUUAACUGUUCUCCAAAAGACUAACCUUGUCACCAGUUGUGACAAUUACUUUGUACAUUCAUUUUCUUGUGUCCUUGUUCUCUCCUCACCUGGAUGUAAGCUCCAUGAGAGUUGGCCUUGAUCUACUGCUGAUCUUCAGUGCCUAGAUCAUAGUUGGCACUCAAAAAAAAUCUAUUGAAUGAAGGAACAAUACCCUUACAAACAGUUCUUCCUUGCCUAAACUCUUGGAGACCAGCUCUCGAAGCAGGGCAGAUCCUGACAACCCCCGCAUGUAAAGCAGAGCAACUCUGAACUGAUGCAGUCAGCAGUUCUGAGUGCACUGCCUGUGUCAGGUGCAGGGGGGGUUUUCCAUGGAGAACUUCAUCGAUGAUCACAACACUUUCGAGUUAGGUAUUAUUUAUAUAAUGAAGAAAGACCCAGGGUUCUGGAACUAUGUAGCUCCUGUAUCUAGUAAGUAGAGAGUCUGUACUUGAACCCAGGUCUAACCAGAAUUUCUGCUGACCAAGAGAUAGCUAUCAACCCAGGUAUUGGCCAACAGUGGACAAUGUGGCCUGGUAAGCAGGCAGGGAUGUUCAAAUGGGGACCAGUUUCAUGAGCAGGCAUUUUAGCAGUGAAAGAAUUUGAGGUUAGAUGCCUUAAGUGUCCUUAGGCAACCUCUUAACCAUAAGAGGUUAGAAUAGCAUAAUCAGAUAUCAAGGACCCCCCCCCAAGGUUUUUGCAAGGAUUAAAUGGCAUAAUCUGCAUGAAAAAAGAAGCACAUGGUGGCUCACAUCUGUUAAGUAGUGUCUUCCGUUGGUAUCCAUGGGAGACUGGUUCUAGGACUCUCUUGGAUACCAAAAUCCACAGAUGCUCAAGUCCCCAAUAUAAAAUGGUGUAUUUACAUAUAACUUAAUACAAAUCUGCCAUGUAAGGCCUGAAUGAUCCUCGGGCUCUCUGAUACCUUUUAAAUCAUCUCUAGAUUACUAUAAUACCACAAAUGAUGUAAACACUAUAUAAAUAUUUGUUAUAGUCUAUUUUUAAAUUUCCAUUAUUAUUAUUAUUAUUUUUAUUUUAAAAUAUUUCAGUCUGUGGUUGGUUGGACCCAUGAUGUGGAACCUACAGAUACAGAGGGUCAAUUGUACUCAGUAAAUGUUUCUUGCUCUCGUG